CGCGUCACCGCCUCCAUCUCCGAUCAUAAAAACUCCCCCCCCCCCCCCCCCUCUCUCUCCCUCUCCUCCUCCCUCUCUCUCAAAUCUUGCUCCGCUCUAGAAUGACCGAUCGACAGUAUGCGGCGACAAGGCCAAGCGCCGCCACCUCCAUCCUGGAGAAGCUGCGGGAGCACGCACCCAACUCAGCCCAAGUGGUCGGCCUCGCCACCCUCGUAAUCUCGGGAGGCAUUCUCCUCCUCCUCUCCGGCCUCACCCUCACUGCUACCGUCCUCGGCCUAAUCUUCUCUGCGCCGCUGAUCAUCAUCUCCAGCCCCAUUUGGGUCCCCGUUGGCUUCCUCAUCUUCGUCACUAUCUCAGGCGCCCUCUCCUUCCUGAGCUGCGGCGUGGCGCUUGUGGCGGCGGUUUCCUGGAUUUACCGGUAUUUUAGGGGGCUCCACCCGCCCGGAGCGGACCGGUUCGAUUACGCAAGGACCCGGCUUGCCGACACGGCCGGGCAUGUGAAGGAUUAUGCGAGGGAGUAUGGCGGGUAUUUGCAGAGUAAGGUGAAGGAUGCUGCACCUAGUGCGUGAAUCCAGUAUGUACAUGCAUGUGCGCUUUUACAUUUUUGUAAUUUUUCUCUACAAGAUAUUCACUAUAUAUAUUUUGUUUUGUUAUUUGUGAUUCCAUCGUCUAUCGUCUAAUUAUAUACUAUUACUAAUUAUUAAUGCUCUUAAUUACAUUUUCAAAAGAUAUUCAAUAUAUAUAUAUACAUAUGAAGAAAUGAUC